CAAGUCGCAUCCCAUGGAGGAAGACCUUUUUCUCGAGAUCUUCCGAACGAAAACCAAGGAAACGCGGGCUAUUUAUGUAACAACUGGUCGAGAGGAAGUUCUUUCUGUCACUAGUCCGUAUUGCAGCUGCCGCUUUGCACUCUCUGUGUGGCCACUUCCGUUAACACUCCUUUCCAACUUCUCGUGAUCAAAGUGACUGGAAACCAAGUCUAAAAAUAACUAUGGCUGUCCUGGGGUCAUUGCGUCUCACUGUUUUGGACACCUGGACUUUUGCGGCCGUGAUUAGGUGGAUAUAGAAAUGAUGUAUAGGCACAGACGUAGAUGGGUUGACAAAAAUAUAGAUAGAUCGAUGGACAAAUAGAUAGCUAGAUAGCUAGACAGAUAGGCAGAUGGGUAGAGAGGGGAGGCCUGAUAGAGACAGAGACUAAGAGAGAAGAAGAAGCAUAAUAGAAGCAGAUUAUAAGAGAUAGGGAGAAAGAAAGAGAGAAACUCUUUCCGAAAGAAAGACGGGAAAGGACUAAGUGAGACAACGGCAGAUAGGUAACUGACAAACAAAAUGAAAGGAAAAAUCAAAGAGGAGACAAAGCGAGAAACAAUAGAAGGCAGGCAGAUGGGGAGAACAAGAAGAGAUGUAGCGAGAGGGAGGAAAGACAGACAAAUAAAGAUAUGAUAAUACGCAUAAAUACAUAAACUUCCGAAUAAAGAACUAAACACGUGGAGAAACAGACAUGGUCAGCUACCACUAUCAAAUAUUGAAACUAAGACCCCAAAACUGGCAUGAUAUCACAAGAAACUGCGCAUAUCCGUACGACAACUUUCCUCUCUUCCGCACGACGUCACAGGGACCAUAGUCAUCAGAAAUAUUGCUGGAGACUUUAGAGCAGAAUGCUUGAAGGUCUAGCAACAUGGGUACUCAACAACUACUUAGGAAAGUACCUGGAAAAUCUGAACACUGAUCAGCUUUCCAUUGGACUUUUGAAAGGUGAAGUAGAACUAGAAAAUGUGCCUCUGCGCAAAGAUGCCCUCCGUCACCUUGACAUGCCCGUGGAAGUGCGGGCAGGGUUUGUGGGGAAGAUCAAACUACAGAUCCCGGUGUCACGCCUCCGCUCUGAGCCCUGGGUCAUUAUCUUUGAACAGCUGUACCUUGUGGCUGGCCCGGUCAAGUUGGAUGAGUACGAUGAAGAGGCAGAAGAGGCGGCCUCCCAGGGCCGCAAACUUGCCCAGCUUGACCGACUGGAGGCAGCUUGGAGGGCAGAGGAGGAGGCGCGUGAGGAGGCUUCCCGCUAUGCCAAUUCCUAUUCAUCCUGGCUCAGUUAUGGAACUUCUUUUAUGACAAACAUCAUUGAGAACAUUCAGCUAAAGAUCCAGGAUGUCCAUCUAAGGUAUGAAGAUGACCAGAGCAUCCCUGGGCAGGUGUUUGCUUGUGGACUCACCAUAGACUCCCUCGCUCUCCAGAGUUCAGACGACCAUUGGAUUCCCAGAUUUGUGUAUGGUGGAAAUACCAAAAUGGCAUACAAAUUGCUUGAACUGCAAAAUAUGGGGAUAUACUGGGAUACAACAGCUGAAGUUUAUAGCAACAUGUCUUUGGGUGAAUUAGCAGCACACAUGUUAUCGGCAAUUGGGAAGCGUGAUCAUGAAUAUAUCCUAACACCAGUGAGUGCAACAGCUUGUGUGAAGCGCAACCUGAGUGAGGCUCCUCUGCGGUCACGGUCAUCACCUCGCUUAACAUGUGACCUCAAGCUAGAAAAAUUCCCUCUGAGUCUGAUAGAUUCUCAGUAUCGUCAGGCUGUGAAAUGGAACAAGGAAUAUGAUCGUUUAGAAAAAGCUCGUCACUAUAGGAAAUGGAGACCUACAUGCACAGUGAAAGAAAACCCAUAUGACUGGUGGCAGUAUGCUAUUCAGUCCCAUCUUGAUAAAAUCCACCGGCGCUACGCAGGAAGGAACUGGACUGCAGCCCAACAAAGAGCAAGGGACAUUGUUACAUAUGUGAAUGUUUACAGUGAUCACCUCAGGAACCCUGCAACUGUUCUGACAGAGCACAAAGCCCACCAGCUAAAGAUUGAGCAGGAGCUGGAAUUUUUGGAACUCCAAGCACUUCGAGAGAUGGCAAUGGAGAAGGUGGCAAAAGAACAAGAAGCUUCUCGUACUAGUGCAUCCCCCCCUCCCCCUCCCAUGAGCCCAAUGGAGACAGAAGAGCCCACGUCCCCUACUCAGAGUGGUGAGGGCAUCCUACACCGCUGGUUCCCUAUGUGGGGUGGAUGGUAUUCAUCGGACACUGAGCCCACUUCCCCAACAACACCUCCAGAAGACCAGCAGGUGCUAGAGGCCCCAGAGGUGGAGCCCAAGACUUCAUUAGCAAUAGAAUCUCCUCAAGGCUCCAAAGAAUCUGAUAAGCAGGUGUCAGGAUCCCUUGAAGAAGAAAUCCUUUAUGUACUAUCAGACAGUGUGGAGAACAACACAUUCAUGAAGAGAGAUGCUGUGUUUUGUCAGCUGAGCUUCACCUUGAAGCAAGGCAUUUUCUCGCUCUCCUCAAAGAAGCCACCAUCCCCUGGGUCAUCCACAGAGGGGAAGGAAAAAAUGGAACUGUUUGAGUUGGAGUUUGCAAAUGUGAAGAUGGCCCUAGAAUCACGUCCUAGAAGCAAAUCAUAUAAAUUUGACAUUGAACUAGGUUCUUUGAACUUAAAGGACAAGGUCACAGAGGACUCUGCUUUCCCUCUGCUGGUGUCCCCUCAGACCCGAGACUCUGGUUCUGGCCUUAAGGCAGCCAUGUCACGAACUUCGACCAUGUAUGCAAAACUGACUACCAUGAUAUCUCCAUCACAGAACAAGACUGAAGGCCCCUUGUUUUCUCUCACUUAUGAAUCUCGACCUUUUAAUUCCCGAGCAGAUCAUAGGCUGAUUGUCAGUUCCACAUCCUUGGAUAUUGUGUACAAUCCAUCAGCCUUGGAAGUCAUAAGUAAUUUCUUCACAACACCCUACCAAAAGAAAGAGGGUUAUGGCCAAUCAGCACAAAUGACGGCCCUCACUACAGCUGCAAAGAAAAGAUAUGAAGAACUGAAGGAACAGACUAAACAAGAGUUGAAGAGGAACUGGGAUCAGAUUAUGGAUGGAAGUCUUAUGAUGAGGAAACGCUGGGACAUCAAAUUGGACAUAUCAGCACCACAGAUCAUCAUGCCGGAGCAUUUCAAAGAUCGCAAUGCAAUGCUGGUUGUGCUUGACUUCGGAAAGCUGAUCUUUUGCUCAGCUCAGCCGUUGUCUCAGACAAAGCUUAAUGAUGAACUGGAUACUGUCAGUGACGACGAAGAUGAAUUUGCAACACCUUGUUCCACCCCUGAUGAGUUGGAAACGAUGUCCUUGGAUGGAACUAAAGAGGGGUUGGAAAGGAAGUCCUCUUUGCCAGACAAGCAAGCCAUGUUCUCCGAGUCUGAUUUGCACGACCGGAUUUACGAUAGGUAUGAUCUACGACUCUGUGAUAUGCAAGUGCUAGUUGGAAAAGUACGAGAUAAUUGGCGAUUUGCCUACCUGAAAGGCACAGGACAAAUGCAUGUCUUAGACAGAUUCAGCAUCAACUUGCAGCUGGAGAGACGUGUAGUAGCCAUGCCAGAUGCACAACAGCAGUGGCCCAGUGCCACACUGUCUGGUACCUUACCAAGUCUGGUGGUCCAUGUUAAUGAGCAGAAAGUACAAGCUUUGAGGACAAUGAUAUCUCAGUUCUGUAGUGAUCAUGUGGCAAAACCUGUCCGGGUGGAUUCAACAGACUCGGACACUGUUACUGGAGCAAUGAGUAGGUCUAGUACUCUGACCAUUGAUGACCAGACAUUGGAGGACCUGAGCAAGGGAAGCUCCUCCCCAACGGAUGAGGGCAAACUGUUGGUAGUACAGUUCACAGUUGAUAAGAUGUCCUUGGAGCUGCAGUCUCGUGGAAGGAGCAUUGCAGAAUUACAGGUCACUGGAGUGAGAGCCAAUCUUAACAAGCGCCCCUUUGAUAGCACAGUCACACUCAGUGUGCACUCCCUCCUCCUGGUGGAUGCCUUACAGACCUUUGGACCUGACUUUGAGUUGCUUGUUGCCAGUCAUAAGCAUGUCAGUAUGGACAGUGUGAGUGGUAGCUUACUGGACAGCGAGCCAUGUUCGCCCACAUCACCUGCCUCCCCAGACCACAAUGCACCCUUCAAGCCCACCUCUCCAGUGACCCUUAGUCAGGCUAUAUCUUCAUAUGCAGCCUCAAGAGCACUGCUUAUACCAGCCCAGUCUCCGCCUCAGACCUCUCGGAACCUCUCCACCCCCCCUCUUGUUAGCUCCCCCAGCUUUGGUGGCAUAGGCAGUGGACCCCAGCUGAUGGAGAAUCGUGAUGCAGAGGCCCUUAUUACACUAGAAGUCACCUAUGUGUCGUCAGAAUGCCCAUCACAACAGGGGGCCGGAGCAUUGCUGCUUGCAUCUGUUCAGUUCAAUACCUUGGAUAUCAUAGCCAACCAGGAAACAGUGGUUGAACUGGUUGGCUUCGUGCACCAGCUCUUCCCACAUCAGCCCGCCUCGUCAUCUUCACGCUUCCAUACCCACAUGGCCAGUGCAGCCCCUAUGAGCCCCAGUGCCACCAUGUCACCAGAGAAAGAGGAGCAAGGUGGCCUCUCCCAUGCUACAAGCAUGUAUUAUGUAGCUCCCCAGAAGAGCCCUGUGCGUGCAGAGGUCAGCUUUGACUUCCACAAACUGACUGUUCUCCUUCUCAGAGGGGUUUAUAAGGACAAGGAACUGGUGGGCAGGAAAGUGUGCACUGCAGUCCUUUCUGAUGCUAAAAUACAGGCAACUGUUGAAAAUGACAUCUUGACAGUGGAAGGAUCAUUAGGUGGGUUCCAAGUGCGCGAUGUGACUCCAGAAGGCAAUAAGCAUCAGUGCAUUAUAAGCGUUGGCCAAGACCCCAUAGUUGAGCGCUCACAGGAUCUGUUUUCUCGGUUGAAUAGUGACAUCUACCGCUCAUACUCACAAUCAGAUAGUGCAGCAAGGGCCUUCAGCUUUACUGUUAUCCGACCAGUGGCAUUCUCAAGCUCCAGUACGCAGAGAUAUUUACCUUCACCUGAUGAUGAAAAUCUGACAGUCAAGCUGCGACUAGCUUCUGUCUGUUACACCCACUCACCCCACUUCCUUCUUGAGUUGCGCUCAUGUGCUACAGAGUUCAAACAGUACAUGGCCCGUGUUGCAUCAUCCAUCAAACACGCAGCAACAGAAAUGGCCAUGGGUCUAGUGAGUAAGCGAAUUGAGUCCUUUGUAAAUCUGUCAGGUAGCGCCUGGGAGGCUUCACCUCGUCAUCGACGCAGGAUGAGUGUCUCACAUUCUACUGACACCCUAAACCUGCCUGCUCCUCCUCCAGCAUCAGCCUCAGGGUCAAGGUUCAGUCCAGCCCAUGAGGAGAGUACAGAGUUACCAUUUUCUCUCAAUCUAGAUGUGAUAUUGGAAACCCCUGUUGUUGUCAUUCCUGAAUCGCUGAACAGCCCAGAGGUUUUGGUGGCACACCUUGGCCAAAUAACAGUUGCAAAUGCACUCCCACACCAGUCAGUCAACCAGGAGACAUUCCUCUCCUUCCCACCCAGCAAGGUUGCAGAGUACCAAGUAGCAGUGCGGGACAUGAGUUUGUUUUCACUCAAUGUAGAGGAGAGACUCAAGAGUCGAGACACAACUUUCCACGGUCAUCUGCCGAUUAUAGCCCCUCUUUCAACCACUUUGAUGUGUGCUGAAGACCUGUACAGUUGUCGCGACCAUGGCAGACCCAUCUUGCACAGCACUACCAUUGAACUGCGAGUGAGGCAUGAGCUAGCAGCUGCUCUUAUGCCUGAUCAUGAUUCUGGGCUUUACUUUCCCAAUGACAUCUUUGUGGAUUUAUACCCGGCUGCUUCUCGAGACUCCUUACAGAUUGAUGGAGGCAUUGUGACACCACUAAAGAUCAGUGUGUCACGCCAGCAGUAUAGACAAGUUAUGAAGACCUUGUCCAACUUAUCUGUGGAGGCUGAUACCCAGACAACAGAUGGACAAACUUUGGAUUCUAUCCAUGAAGAAAUACCAGGGACAGUGACAUCAGAAUCAUAUUCACAGAGGAGAGAAAGUGUAAAACGUAGGGAGAUUGAGGUCUCAUCCAUAUCAGUGAAAGGAUCCUUCUCUGUGCCUAGUAUGUGUGUUGAGCUGCGUGGAGAUGUAGGUGAGAAGGAAAAACCACUUGUCAAUUUACUUCUUGAAGAGAUAAAAGCCUCAUAUGAGUCUUGUGAAGCAUACAAGACACGGACACAGGUAACCCUUCGCUCACUGAUGAUGGAAGACCUGCAGCAGCUGGACACGAAUGCACAGCACAGGUUCCUCAUGAAGUCGGACACACUGCCAAUGCAGUCGCCAGAUGGCCCAGCUCCUUACGGGAUGCAUCUGCAUCCAGGUCACCAUCCCCACAUGCAUUUCCUGAAGGAGUACCAUGUUCCUGAAUUCAUAUCAACCUCCUGUCCCGAACGCUACCCUCACCAUCCGGUCUGCUUCACCUCGUCUUCAUUACCUGACAAACUGAAGAUGGAAAAGCCAUUUUUCAAGGCAGCUCAGAAGCCUAUACCAAGGAGGCAUUUAGAAAAAGGCUUGUCAUCACAGAGCCCACGAACAAGCAUCAAGCCAGGAGGCAAGACCUCCAUGAGCCCCAGUACCCCCCCACCUUCACCUACCCCAGGUGAGGGGGAGGAGGAGACCCUUAGGCCAGACACCACACUUGUAACCAUCACCAUCUCUACUAUUGACAAAAAGUGCCCUGAGUUCCAUAGCAAAUAUGAUGGUACAAAUCGCUUUAUUGAUGUAGAUUUCAACAGCCUGAACACUGUCAUCAACAUUCCUUCUUGGGUUAUGGUGUUAGAUUUCUUUAGCACUGAUCAAGAGGAUGGCUCUCCUUCCAAGAAGGAUGGAAAAGUCACUCCUGAUACUUCGCUGUCAUCCUCGCAUAAGGGCAUGGAUGAACUGAACACUAUCAUGGAGGUACAGGUGCGAUCCCUCACCCUAAUCUUGAACAAGCCCGAAUGUGAGCUAGCCCAGGCAAGCAUCUCGCAGGUUCUGGUGCGGUCUGUGGGAUCUGAGGGAAAUCUGACUCUUACUGGGCGACUAGGGUCCCUCUCUCUGGUGGACUGCACAAGCCAUGGUCAUCUUUACCGGGAAAAGUUCAUCACCACCGGCUCAGAGGCCAUGACGUUCCAGGUGUUCAAGUAUGGGCAUGAUGAUCCUGAGAUGCUGAGGGAAUGUGAUAUUCGCAUGAAACUGAAAAUGUCUUCUGUGAUGUACCUGCACACGCAUCGCUUUGCCUCAGAACUUACUCAAUUUGUACAGGAGUUUAAUCAAUUAAGAGAUAUUGUGUCAAGAUGGAGAGCUACUAGUGCUGGAUUAAAGGUAUCAGAUUUUAGCAGAGGUUCACGUGUAUCACUGGACAUCACUGCAGGCUCUCCUGUUAUAUUCAUCCCCAUGUCCAGUCGAUCAGAGACCCUUCUGGUAGCAGAACUAGGAAGCUUGACCAUAACCAACAAGUUCCUCUGGGCAGGUUCAAAGGGAACCAUAAGUCAGGUACAACGGCAGAGCCUAGAGGAAAAAUUUGUGUCUCCUUAUCCAAGUGGUGCAGCUGGACGCUCAAGAUCCCGGUCCCACAGUAGACACCGGGACCCAAACCUGUCCUACCUCAGUGACUCGGAUAUGGAGGGUGACCUGAGACAGCAGGCGCUAGCAGUAAGUGCCUCCCACAAGUGCCUACUUGAUGUCAUGUACAUAGACCUAGUGAACAUGGACCUCUACACAAGCACAAGAGCCACACGAUCCAAGUACAGUCAGCAAAAAGCACGUUCAAAAGAUGAGGCCAAAACGACGAAGGGGAACGAGAAGGAAGUUGGAGGCAGGGUGACAGAGGACAGUGUCGAGUGGAUGUUUAGGGCUUACUGUGUUGUACGACAAGGGAAGUCGCUGCUCCAGGAGAAAUGUGCGAUCAAGCUGCAGGUGGAGAGGAACCUGGACACUGCCAUCAGUCAUGCAGUGCCGGAUAUGAGUAUUCAUGGCACAGUCAAAAAGGUCCAUGCCACCAUCCACACAGCAGAGUACAAGUUUAUCCGUGGAUUGCUUAUGUACAACUUUGGGGAGCCUUUGCCUUCUCCUCCUCCGAUAUACCUCUAUCAAACACAGCCACAACAGACCUGGUUUGACCUAGGGUCAGUGUGGACCUCCCUCACAAUCAUUCUCAAUUUGGACAACGUUACCCUUGAGUUGGAGAAUCUCGAAGAAGAGAGCGUGCAAGAGACCAAGCCCCUCGCCUGUGUCAAUUUCAUCAGCUCAAGGCUAACCUUUGAGAGCUUUUCGGAUCAGACCAAAGAUGUGGAUCUAGUGUCUCAGGAAAUCCUAAUCAGUGACACAAGAUUUGAGAACUUCCCGGUGAAUAAAAGAUCAAAUAUCUUCACAAACAUUUUGCAGCCCACACCUUUAAAAAGUGCAAAAAAUGAUAGCCAAUUGCAGGCUGAAGUUCAUUAUAGAUCAACAAAAGAUGUUACAAGAUUUACCAUUCUUCUGAAUAACAUGAGGCUAAUGGGAAUUUUGGACUGGUGGAUGGAAGUGCUGGACUUCAUCUACAAGAUGCCAGAUGACCCAGUUCUUGCAGGUAGUGGUACGUCAUGCAGCAGCCCAGGAGCCUCAGAGCACCACAGUUAUGCAGCCACUCCUCUCAUGUUUUCCCCUAUUCAUACUCCUAUCCUUAGAUCACCUCAGGGGCAGUCCCCACAACCUCAGUCUCCACAGCCACAGUCCCCUCGCUCACAAUCCCCUCCCUUGGGGCUGCAUAGGGAGUUCAGUCACAGGUCUGCCACACCAAGACUGAACCCCAUGGUUGAGUCAACAGGUGUCAUGACCAAGCAUGCUCUCAUCCAAGAACAGCACAAAGUUCCCUUUGAACUGAAGCUGAACAUCACAGACUCAGAGCUUGUGGUAUUGGAGAACACAGCUGUGUGGGAUACGAGCGCUGUCAUAUUAAGGAGUACAGCAGUCAUCAGUUAUCGACCACAGCACCAAGAACGCCCUCUGUCAUGCAACUUGAACCAGUGUGAGCUGUACUCAUGUAUAUUAGGCCUGGAGGAUGAUACUGCUCUCUCCAUUAUUGACCCUGUCACCAUCAACAUUGAAGUCAAUGACAGAUUAGGGCAAAAUCAGCCAGUGGACAUAUCCAAUGUGUCAAUGGCAGUGCAGCAUACCGUUGAGGUGGUUAUGCACCAAUUAAAUAUUCGUCUGAGUUACCAUGACAUGAAAAUGUUCCAACAAAUCUUGGAGUCCAUUCCAAAGCAGCGUGAAGUUGCCAGGAAGCCUUCUGUAUCUAGAGAAAAAAAGCAGCCUGCAAAUUUCCAAGUUUCUAAUUUUUUUCAAACAGCUCAAGUCGACAAAUUGUCAGCUUUGGGAUUCCGACCUGCCGAUUGCACCCGUGCCCUGGAGGAAUGUGGAGGUAGGCUUGAUGAUGCUGCUCUUUGGCUAACGCACAAUGCCCAGCCUGUACCUGCCCCCACUGUGACAAUCCAGGACCAAGGCAAGACAGGCACCAUCAACUUCCAUGCUGUGGAAAUCAAGACCGGGAGUGUCAAUGUGUGUGUCAUCGAUGACUGCGGAGAUUGUGACGUCCCCUUGCUUGAGAUUUCCCUCUCCCAUCUCGGUUUGAAACAGGAUUGGCAAGGAAAAGGAUCAGCAAGCUGCUCUCUCUCAGUUGACUACUAUAAUCGAGCACUGUCUGGUUGGGAGCCUUUCUUAGAACCUUGGCGGUGUGAAGCAGAGUGGGACAAGACUCCAUCAAGAGAUCUUACUGGGGAACGGCUGUCCUUGAGUGUGAAGACUGAAGAUACUGUGAAUGUGAACAUAACUAAUACCUUAUUGGAAUUGUACCACAUGGUGAAGAACAACUGGACUUUAGAUUAUUACAACAGAGACAGGAUGGAGAUUGAGAACAACAUUAUUUCCAAUGAAGAGGGAAGCAAAACACUGGUGGUCAGUCCUCAGGGUUACAGACGGCGUUCACCUUUUAUACCCUUUGCACUCAAGAAUGAUACUGGAUGCAAUCUUUGUUUUGCAACCAUGACAACAACUCCAGACAACUUGGCUGAUGUUGAGAGCCUGGGGCAGAGCAUCAUGCCAGAGGUAGACUGGAUAAGUGUACCAGCUGGUAACACGGUCCCCUUCUCCUUUGAGGGCCGUGGAAAGCAGCGCCAUCGAGAUACCCAUGAGCUUAAGGUUCACCAGCUGUUGGUUCAGGUGGAUGGUUGGCAGGCAGUUGGUCCUGUCACAGUGGAUAAAGUUGGGGUAUUCUUCAGGCUUGCGGUGUCACAGCCAGCGGGAGCCUCAACACAUCUUUACGAAUUGCCAAGUGCAAGAGUUGUCGUAGCUGUCACACUGGAUGGCUCAGCAAGGAAGCUAGUCACCAUCCGAUCAGCUUUGAUUCUUGCCAACCAACUUCACUAUCCUGUGGACGUCAAGCUGGAAAAUGUUGCACUCAGAUUAGGGGAUGUUAAAGUCCUUCAAGUGGCUGCCAAGUCCAAAGUACCUGUCCCACUGGUGUAUGCUUGGGCUCGGAUUUUUGUGCGGCCAGUCACUGCUCCUGGGGGUGGUUGGCUGUAUUGCCAGGAGCCGCUGCACUGGCUCACCCUCCUCCAGCCCCGGCAGGAGGCCACAGACCUAAGAGCUUGCCCUGCCAUCAACACGCACUUGCCACCUUUUAGGUUUUGUGUUCAUGUGAAGAGAGACAAUUUUCCUGUGGAUUCGUCCCCCCCUUCUCCCCCCACAAACUCUCCACAUUUAACACCUCGACAUAAUGAGUGGGUUCAACCAGGUCACACAAUAGUGCUAGUGAGCCCCUUGACCUUAGUCAACCUCCUCCCAUAUGAUCUACACUACGAGGUCAAGGCAACCGGCAAUGUGAGUCGUGUUAAACCAGGAGAGGAUGACUGCCUCCACUCUGUUGACCCAGCCCAGAGUAUCUCCCUCUCUCUAUGGACAGAUACUCUUGAGCCUUGUGGAGAGAUAACGCUAAACCCAUCUACCUCCAUGUAUGUGCUGCCAUUCAAGUUACAGGACUCGCUGAAACGUAUCCUGUACAUUCACUUGAAAGUGAAGCCACAGUUUGGAGGAGCCCUAAAGGUUGUCAUAUAUGCAGGAUAUUGGCUGAUCAACAAGACAGGAUUACCCUUAGUCUUUAAGCAGGAGGGUGUAUCAGCUGAUGCUGCAGGGCAGGACAUGGAGCAUGAGGUAGCACGUUGUGCAGCCCCACUGAUGUUCUCUUUUACUGAUCGUGAUGCUAACCCUAUGCUUGUUGCGAGGGUUGGACGCAACUUACAUCCUGAGUCAAGAGCACAGUUUUGCCACAAGCUGCCCCUGACACAAGGGACGUGGGUUCGCCGUCUCAGAGUCAGUCCCUCAGAUGCCCGGCCAGACCAUGUCUACAUUGUUGGUGUUGAUGUGAGACCAGGCCGUGGACGAUAUAGAGACACGUACAUGGUCACAUUCUCACCUCGCUUCCAGAUUGAGAACAGGUCCUCUCAUGAGCUGAUUAUUGCGCAGAAAUGCUUUACGACAUCCUUUACUGACCCUGGAGCCCAGUCCACCUGGUUACGAGCCAUCCCAGGAUGCUGGCUCCCCUUCCACUGGCCGCGACCAGACAAGGACCAGCUGUUGUGCAUAUGCCUUCGAGAUGUCCAAGGGUGCCAUUGGUCUGGUGGAUUCUUUAUAGAGAAGAUUGACUCUUUCUACCUGAAUAUUCGAGAUGGCAACAGUCACUCAUAUUUUAUCCGCGUAGAAGUAAUCAUCAAUGAUGCCACCUACUUCAUUGUCUUCACUGAUGCAGAAUCCUUGCCUCCUCCCUUUCGAAUUGACAACUUCUCUGAAGUCCCAAUCACCUAUUACCAGACUGGCACUCAGGAGGAAAGGUUAAGAACCAUAGUCAAGCCACGCUCUUGUGUUGCCUAUGCCUGGGAUGAUGUAAUGUUGCCACCUCACCUUACAUGUGUUGCCCCAGGGGGAACCUCUGCCACGUAUAAUUUGAACAUCCUCUGUGAGGGUGCAAGAUUAACAUAUGAGAAUUUCAUCUACAUAGCUUUCACAGGGACAUUUCGCAAAAGGUUGCCAUUACACAUGGCCUGUGGCAGCAGCAGUGCCGAUGGCAGUGAUGUGACCUUAGACCCCACCGAUGUUGAGUGCCAGCAGCUGGUUCUGGAUGUGCCGGAGGGGACACGGGUCAAAUUGGCUCGCAAGGAGGUCUCGCGCACACAGCUGUGGCGCAUGACCUCCACAGGAAUGCUGCAGCACGAGGGGUCAUCCCCACCUCAUGACCCAUCAAGCAAAAAGUCACGCAGCAACUCUAACAUUCUGGCAAGGGACUCCACUAAGAACAGGAAAUCCAAAGUCCAAUCUCUUGUGAGAAAAGUGAAAGAUCUUGACCGUAGGCGGAAGCUCAAGAAAAGGCAGCCCUACUUGGUCCUAGAUAUAGCAGGUCCAGCCCCACAGCCUACAGAAUACACACCUCUGAUGCUGCGAAAGCCUGAUGAGAGGAGAUCCCUUACGCAGACAUGGAGGUUUACUGAAGACGGCAGACUUUGCUGUGUGCAUGUCAAUAUGUAUGUGCAAGCCAAGGAUGGGUUCCUUGGAUUGGCUCCAGGGUCAGGAUGUGGGGGGUCAUGGCAGCUGUGGAACGAUGUAGUUUUGGGUCCGCCGCAAUUGGUCCACUAUGGAACAAUGGAGAAUGGAGUACCUUUGGAACAAGCCAUAUCCAGGCAGCGUUUGCGGCCAGGGUCAGGCGUGCUGGCUGUGAAGGUUGACACUGAUGGACCAACAAGAGUCUUGCAAAUUACAGAUGUUCACAGCAAGAGUGCCUCCAUGGUGGCCCGAACGGAGAGCGGAGACUGGGUGAGCGUGAGUGAGGAGGGAGGAACGACCACCAUCAAAAAGACCAGCGCCGGAACACAGCAGGUCAAAGAGGGAUCCAAUCUUCAGGAAGUGCAUAUCCAGCUCAACAUUCGAGGGGGUCUUGGACUGUCAGUCAUCCAGCGCAGCCCACCAGAAGAACUUAUCUAUGCCAAGUUUACCGAUAUUGUCUUUGAAUACCAGAGCUCUACACAGCAUCAAUCUGUGCACUGUAGUGUGAGAGAUAUUCAGGUGGACAAUCAGCUGUUGAAUGCUCAAUGUCCUGUUGUGCUCUAUGUAACUCCACAAAGCAAGAUGGAUGAAACACGUCACCUCCCUGCUCUCUACCUCACUGCCCAUCAUCUAGCAUCAUCAUGUAGUAAUGCCUACAUCUUCAAGAACCUGAUGGUGACCUUAAAGAACCUCACCUUGACAAUAGAAGAAGCCCUGCUCUUCAAGUUGUUCCUGAUGGCUGGCUACGAUCAGUCAGACUCUGAACUGGAGAAGGUGGAGGAACACCAGUAUGACAUGCGAAGAAUGCUAGCUGCGGCCACCUCAGUCAGUGCAACAAGAUACUAUUUUAGCAAUCUAGAACUUCAGCUUAACCAAGUCAGGCUAAGUGUCCUAACAUCGAAAAAACUAAGCCCUGACCUCCAGAAUAUUAAGCGUAAAAUGGGUCUUACCCUUGUCCGCUUUGAGCACGCAAGUGUUAACCUAGAACCCUUCAGGCGAUGCCAUCCCUUUGAGACCUCGCGAUUCUUGUUUGACUGCAUCACCAAGCAUUACAAGGAGGAGCUGAAAUCCCAAGCAAUGAGCAUUUUAGGAUCAACAGACUUCUUAGGUAAUCCGUUUGGUUUCUUUGCUGACGUGAGCGAGGGCGUAAGUGAGCUGGUUCACGAAGGCUCUGUUGGUGGUCUUGUGUGGAACGUGACGCAUGGCAUGGCCAAUUCUACUGCCAAGGUGACGGGGUCAUUGUCUGAUGCCGUCGGGCGUGUGACGAUGGACGACAAGCACGAGGAGCACCGCCAGAGGCUCCGCAACAAGCAGACAGCUAGUGGGGCAGAGCAUAUUGCUGCAGGAAUACGAGGGCUUGGGCUUGGCUUGUACGGUGGCCUCACUAGUAUUGUGUCCCAAACCUAUACUGGUGUCACCCAAGAGGGCAUCCCAGGAUUUUUCUCUGGCUUCGCCAAGGGCAUGGUUGGCACGGUGACGAAGCCGGCCAUUGGGUUCUUAGACCUUGCCAGCAGCACAUCUCUGGCUGUUCGUGAUACCAGCAAAAAUCCUUUACAAAAGAUGCCAGUACGCACUCGCAAGCCAAGGUUGGUGAUUGGGUUAAACGGGAUGAUGCCAAGAUACGCUACAAACCAAGCUAUUGGACAGGAGCUGCUUCUCUCCUUUGACAACACUCGUCAAGAAAUAUUCUUUGGAUAUGAAGUGCUUCGUGAAGGUGAAGAGGACUUACGAGUCCUGAUAUCCAGUGAACAAGUGCGGGUGUUUAGUCAGAGUGAGCCCAUGCUGCCUCCAACCUCUGUUCUUAAUGUCUGUUAUAGGGAUUUGUAUCAGUGCAAGCCAGUGGUUCUCCAAGUUGAGGGAUCUUCAGUGGACCACAAGCAUUACAUUGAACUAACUCUCAAGGCAGAAAAGUCUGAAGGAAUAGUACGAGCUUCAGAACUGGCCUACAAACGGCCAAAGGUGCGCUGUGAUUCAAGAAACAUUGCUUGGAAGGUUGCUCAACAAAUCAACUAUGCAAGGAACUUACAUGAGGAAUUAAGACAAACCCUGCAUAGCCAGGAUGAAGACAGUGUUGAUGAUUAGUAUUCACCUAAAGACCGACCAAUUCCAGUUUUGUUUUAAUCUAGUCUUUUCUAUUUUUAUUGUUAUUUAAAAGUUACUUUGCUAUUCAGUAGAAGUUCUUGUUGUGGCAAUUGUUACUAAAUGUGCAUUUAAUGUGUUUCUCUGUUUGUACAAAGACAAUGUAGAACCAUUUAUUUUUUGUGAAAGUAUACAGUUGAAUAUCCAAAA